GGGGUUGGGUGUCUAUAAAAGCAGGUCGCAGCGCAUUCAUUCGAUCUCGAUUCCUCUUGAUCUCACGGAAAUUGUAAUGUAGGUCGAGCUUGUUCAAAAGAAAGACUAGCGUUGUAUUGGCAGGUAGCUAGCAGCGAGUUUUAAUUGGCUUAUAAUCUGAGCGUGAUCUGUAGGUAGUCGCUUAAAACUUUCAAAAUGUUUCCCAAUCCGAGACAGAUGUCACCGAGCGUUAUCAGCUUUCUUCUUCAAAAUGGAGUCGCGGACGGACUACACAGAGACUCCGCUCCUCAGAUCCCCGUGGGCGCCUCGGUCGACUCUGAACACGGAAACGCGGCCUCCUGUAAUUCUUCCAAACGUCCGAGUGAGCUGGGCUCGCUGAAAGGAUAUUUUAAUAAAGGCUUCCACGAGCACAGCCGCAGCGACGACUUCGGCUCGUUACCGAGCACGCCGGAGGGGGAGCUGGACGGGGAGACGGAGGACGUGCUGGAGAACGACACGAGGCAACUUCUCGGCCGCUUUCUGAGCGACUUCACUGGACUGUCAAAGCCGCGGUGGACCGAGAACAAGGAGCUAUCGACGAUGAAGAGAGUGGUGGAGGACCUUUUGUCGAGACACAGCAUCGCAUAUAAUGGUAUGGUUAAGAAACUGUCUCUGGAUAAAACAAAGGAUGACGUGACGUUUGUGAAAAAAGUAGCCCAAAGCCUUUUCGGAGAUGGGACCACCAACUGGGGUCGUAUCGCCAGCCUGGUGGCCUUCGGUGCUGUGGUGUCCCAGUACCUGAAGGACACUGGGAGGGAGAACUGUGUGGAGCUGGUUGGCCAGGAGAUCUCAGAGUACCUGCUGACUGAACAGAAGGACUGGCUGGUCCAAAACAACUCCUGGGACGGCUUUGUGGAUUUCUUUCAAGUGACAAACCCAGAAUCCUCGAUCAGGAACACGCUGAUGGCUGUAGCUGGGGUUGCUGGGAUUGGAGCAACAUUGGCCUUAUUGAUAAGGUGAACUUGUUGGACUCUGGGACUGGACUCCUGCUUUUCCAUUGGAUCCAAAAUAUUCUGAAAUGACUCAAGGAUUGUCCCAUCAGUACUAACAUUUUUUUUUUCUAUUUUGGCAAUCCUCAUGUGCACAUUUGUAAAAAAAAAAAUGUACAGUUUUAGAUGUGUACCAUAUAUUUAAUUUAAAUAAAUUUAUUUUUUUAACAGAUGUAAAAUGUCUCUAUACAGAUUGAAAUGGUUAAGGGCAUCAGUUGACCAGAUUUCUUUUUUUUUUAAAUCCCCAAUUGUGUUUACUCAAUCUUGUAUAGUUGUAAACUUUUUUGGCGGGGUGGGGAUCCUGAUGGCAAAAGGUGGCUUAAAACAGGAAGGGUGAACUGUAUUUUCAGUGCUAUGCAGGCAUGAACCCCAUGUCCUUACAGUCCAUACUGGCACUUUUGGACUGAUGAAUCAAAGGAGUGCAUUGCAUGGAUGUAGCUUCUCCACACAGCAACCAUCUGCAGGGAGACGAUUACGUGACGGGACAUUUUGACAUUCCACAUCCUGGAUGGUUUGAAGGGAGAGGGGGAAAAUGCGAAGAACUGAUAACAAGUCUAAAGUAGCUCAUCAAUGAAAACUUAAGUUCCUCAUUUCGGAGGAGGAAAGGAAAAAAAGAAAAAACAGUGGCUUGAAGUUCAGGUUCACAUGCAAGCUACAAACAUGUUAAGAAGAAUAAAAAAACUUGAAUAAUGUU